CUCCAUCGAUUGCUCCGUGCUAAACUUGCAGGCGGGAAGGCGGAUGUUUGACGCCGUUGCUAGCAUGGCGGCGUUGUGUGGUCAGUGCCGGCUUUGGCGGAGAGCGGCAGCGGCAGCCCAGUUGCAUAGUGGUGUGAGGUGUCUGUCAGCAAAGUUUGACUAUGAUCUGCUGGUGAUCGGUGGAGGUUCAGGAGGUCUGGCUUGUUCCAAAGAAGCUGCAUUGUCUGGGAAGAAAGUAGCAGUGCUGGAUUUUGUGGAGCCUUCACCAAAAGGAACCAGCUGGGGUCUAGGAGGUACAUGCGUCAAUGUUGGCUGCAUUCCCAAGAAGCUGAUGCAUCAUGCUGCCCUCUUGGGUGGAGCUAUGAAAGAUGCCCAGAAGUUUGGUUGGCUUGUUCCUGGUCAAUUUACUCAUGAUUGGUCAACAAUGUCUGAAGCAGUACAAAACUACAUCAGAUCUCUGAACUGGGGGCAUCGGGUGCAGCUGAAUGACAAAAAUGUGAAGUUUUUGAACCACAAAGGCACUUUUAAGGAUGAACACUCUGUCCGAGCAGUUUCCAAAUCUGGUAAAGAGACUGUUUUGACUGCUGAAAAUAUUGUGAUUGCUACUGGAGGACGGCCGAAGUACCCAUCUGAUGUACCAGGAGCAGCAGAGUAUGGACUUUCAAGCGAUGACCUUUUCUGGUUGAAAGAGACUCCUGGUAAAACCUUAGUUGUUGGUGCAAGCUAUGUUGCUCUGGAGUGUGCUGGCUUUCUCACAGGAAUUGGGUUAGAUGUCUCUGUGAUGGUGAGAAGCAUUCCACUACGAGGAUUUGAUCAGCAAAUGGCCCACCUGGUGACUGAUUAUAUGGAAUCAAAUGGCACCAAGUUCUUAUGGAAGUGUGUUCCCACUAAAGUGGAAAGGAUGCCUAAGGGACAGCUGGAGACCACUUGGAGGCACCUGGAGUCUGGCCAGGAGGGCAAAGCACAUUUUGACACAGUACUAUGGGCUGUAGGUAGGGCACCUGAAACCAAAGCUCUAAACCUGGAAAAAAUUGGAGUGGAGGUCAACGAUAAAACGGGGAAAGUUAUUGUGGCAGCCAAUGAUGCUACUUCAGUUCCUCACAUAUAUGCAAUUGGUGAUGUUGCAGAAGGGCGACCUGAACUGACCCCUUCAGCUAUUAAAGCUGGGAAACUUCUAGCAAGAAGAUUAUUCAACAGUUCUACUGAAUUAAUGAAUUAUGACAAUGUUCCUACGACAGUAUUUACACCCCUUGAAUAUGGCUGUAUUGGUCUUUCUGAAGAGGAAGCCGUCAGGCGCCACGGCGAGGAAAACAUUGAGGUAUUUCAUGCCUUUUACAAGCCUCUGGAGUUCACGGUCUCCGAAAGAGAUUCCAGCCAGUGUUAUAUCAAGGUUGUGUGUUUUCGGAAUAGUGAACAGAAAAUACUUGGGCUGCACUUCAAUGGACCCAAUGCUGGAGAAGUAACUCAGGGAUUUUCACUUGGAAUACAGUGUGGGGCUACCUAUUCCCAUCUCAUGUCCACCGUGGGUAUCCAUCCAACCUGUGCUGAAGAAAUCACCAAGCUUCAUAUUACUAAGCGUUCUGGUCUGGAUGCUACUGUUACUGGCUGCUGAGGUUAGGCUUAAUCCCUGAAGAUAACAAAAAACAACUGGAAGUUCUCUCCACUUGGAAGCUUGCACGCAAAAUGAAAUAUGUGUGAGAAAAGCUAGCAAAUCAGUUUUUUUUUUUCUUCCCUCAUACAUUUUUGCAGAUAACUGACAUGUCUUGCUGGAAUAAUUAUGAAUUUGAUUGUUUUUUGUUGUCCAAAGUAGACUACAACAAAUACUUAACUUUUAUUUGUCAUGGAUAUUUAAAACCUUUCAUCCAGUUUCAAUUACCAAUAUUACAUCAUGUAGUACCCUGGCUUUCCAGUAGAUGGGAGCAUUGCCAAGUGUGUCCUCCGAAAGUUUACAUUAACUCCAUGUGUGAACUCAAAGGGGCUUUUUUAUUUUGGGGCUUUUUAUUAUUUACAUUCAGAAUUAAACAAAUUCUCAGUUAUUUAUCAGAUAGUUACAAUAUACAUGUUUUCAAAGUUUUUAACACUGUCCAUUAUUCACAACACAUUAGUGGUUGUAUAAAAUUGCAAAGCAGGCUUGUGUGAUAGGUAAAUAGAUAUAAAAACUUUGGAUGUUAUGAAUGCAUUGUCAUCUAAAGAUGGCAAUUUUUUUUUUUUUGUUUUUAUCAAAGUUUUAGAUCAAGCUUCUUUUGAUAAAUCUGGUUGGGCACUGUUAAACAGUAAAUCAUAUAGUUGUUUUGCUGCUUUAUGUAGGUCUUUAGAUGUGUGUAUGUUCGUACUUUAUUUAUAAUUUAUUUGUGUGUGCAUAUAUAUAAUCUUUAAGUGCAAUAAUAUAAUCUUUAAGUGCAUUUUUUGUUAUGUGUUUCAUAGUAAUAAUGAAGAAUAAUUAAUUACACCCAUGUGCUCCAACUGGAAAGGUUUUCUUUUGUGUUUUAUUCAGGGAUUCUCCAGUCACACAGACAGAAACCUCCUCUAAGACUACCAUAUAGAAAACACUCACUUUCACCUAUGUAUAUGUGUGUGUGUAUGUAUGUAUAUAUAUAUAUAUAUAUAUAUAUAUAUAUAUAUAUAUAUAUAUAUAUAUAUAUAUAUAUAUAAAAUAUGUGUGAAAAAAUUUUAAAUCCGCGUAGGGGGCUGCUUCUGUCUGGGUACCAUGUAAUGAUGACUUGUGUGAAAAUCUGAAGUACAGAAAACACAGGUUUGAUGUCAAAUGGUGCUCAAAUUAAGUGAAUUAAUACAGUUAUUGAUUGUAACCAAACUGUCAAAGUACAUAUUUUUAUAAAAUGUUUAUUAUUGAUUA